AUGGUAUCAAGAGGCCCAGAUGAAUGGCUUGAGACUAUCAAGAAAUGUCAGGCGCUAACUGAGAAUGAAAUGAAGCAACUGUGUGAAAUGGUGAAAGAACUUUUAAUGGAGGAAAGUAACAUCCAGCCCGUGCAGACCCCCGUCACGGUGUGUGGUGACAUCCAUGGCCAAUUUCAUGACUUGUUGGAGCUAUUCCGCACUGCUGGCGGGUUCCCUGACGACAUAAACUACAUCUUCUUGGGCGAUUACGUGGAUCGUGGCUACUACAGUCUGGAAACCUUCACGCUAUUGAUGUGUCUGAAGGUCAAGUACCCAGCAAAAAUCACUUUGGUUAGAGGAAACCACGAGUCCAGACAAAUCACUCAAGUUUACGGGUUCUACGAAGAGUGCCUGAAUAAAUACGGGUCUACCACCGUGUGGAAGUACUGCUGCCAAGUCUUCGACUUCCUGACGCUGGCCGCUAUUAUCGACGGUAAGAUCCUAUGUGUCCACGGUGGGCUUUCCCCCGAGAUCAGAAUGCUCGAUCAAAUCAGAGUCUUGUCCAGAGCUCAAGAAGUGCCCCACGAAGGCGGAUUCUCGGAUCUGCUCUGGUCGGACCCGGACAAUGUAGAAGCCUGGCAGGUGUCCCCCCGUGGCGCGGGGUGGCUAUUCGGUAGCAAAGUCGCCAGAGAGUUCAACCAUGUCAACGGGCUGAACCUGAUUGCCCGGGCCCACCAACUGGUGAUGGAAGGGUUCAAAUACCAUUUCCCGGAAAAGGACGUUGUCACUGUCUGGUCCGCACCAAAUUACUGUUAUAGAUGCGGCAACGUCGCCAGCGUAAUGAAGGUCGACGACGAUUUGGAACCCACUUUCAAAAUCUUCUCCGCUGUCCCCGAUGACUACAUAAGGGAAUCGACCGCAAACCACAAUAACCAAAGAGCUGGUUAUUUCUUGUAA